AUGGCCUUGAAGGAAGAAACAACGGCCGGUGUCUUGGCCAACUUCAGCCUGGCCGGCGGCACCGACAUUGAAAUCGUGUGUCCCGUGAACACGGGUUUCACCGAGUGGUUCCUGCCCGCGGUCUACUUGGUCGUCUCCCUGCUGGGACUUCUGGGGAACGGACUGGGCCUGUGGAACUUGUGCGCCAGCUCUCGGAGGAGCAGCUGGAGCACCCUCAGCGUGCUGAUGUGCAACCUCAGUGUGGCCGACUUGGUGUACGUGAUCACGCUGCCCUUCCUGGUGUCCUACUAUCUCCAGGGCCGCGUCUGGUUCUUCGGCAAGGAGUGGUGCCGGCUGACCCGGGCCCUCUUCCAUCUCAACCUUUACGCCAGCAUCGGCUUCCUGACCUGCAUCAGCGUGCAUCGUUACCUGGGCAUCGUGUACCCCCUCAGGAUGCUGGGGAGGUGCCAGACACUCAGCCCGGCUUUCUUGCUCAGCGUCUUGGUCUGGGGCUGGGUCGUUCUUCAGCUGUCCCCUGACUUCAUCUUCAGCAAGAUGGACCCGACAGGCACUCGGUGCCACGACACGACGGGCCACGAGAACUUGAAAGCCUACCUGCCCUACAUCCUGGCCAUCACGAUGACUGGCUUCGUCGUCCCUUUCCUCAUCAUCAUCGGCUGCUACUGCCACGUGGUCGUGGUCCUCCGGAGGAACAGCAAUGUGGAUCCCAACCUCAAGCGCCGGAGCAUCAAGCUGGCGGUUUUGGUGAUGGUGCUCUUCUCUGUCUGCUUCCUACCCUAUCACGUCUUCAGGAACCUUAACUUGCUGUCUCGCAGAUGGCAACUGCAGGGAUUUUGUACCCAGACUUUGAAAAACAUCUACGUCUGCUACCAAGUGACUCGAGGCUUGGCCAGCCUGAACAGUUGCCUCAACCCCCUGCUGUACCUGACGGCCAACGAGGACCUCGUCACCCGGCUAAGGGCCUUCUGCUGUAGGGUCCUACGGGUCCUGGGGUCUCUUUUGCAAAGCCGAGCCCACCACUCCUCGGACCCAAAGAAACUAAGCAUUAUGCUCCAUGAAGAAUGUGAGGAGGCGACUGAGGACCUCUGA